GUGCGUUCCAAUGAGUGAAUUCAAUAACUUCGACGUCAUCAACACCCUCAUUGCUACCAACCUGAAACAUCGAUUCCAAUAUGUCCUUUCAGCUUGUUAAUAAAAUUCAAUUCAGCACGUGUGUCAAAAGUGCAAAAACUUUUUGUGAAAAUGGACGAUUCUAGGAAAGAUGAACCAACCACUUAUGAUGGACCAGCUAACAUGGCUCCAGAUGGUAUCAUCGAAUCGAAUUGGAACGAAGUAGUUGAUAACUUCGACGACAUGAAUUUGAAGGAAGAACUACUUCGUGGCAUUUAUGCCUAUGGUUUUGAACGUCCAUCGGCCAUUCAACAACGGGCCAUUCUACCAUGUAUCAAACAACAUGAUGUUAUAGCACAAGCUCAGUCCGGAACUGGCAAGACUGCUACAUUCUCCAUUGCAAUUCUGCAACGAAUUGACAUCAAUGUCCGUGAAUGUCAGGCACUAAUUUUGGCACCGACUCGUGAGUUGGCUACCCAAAUCCAAAAGGUCGUCAUUUCGUUGGGAGAUUACUUGCAGGCCCAAUGCCAUGCAUGUAUUGGCGGAACCAAUGUUCGCGAAGACAUGCGCAAAUUGGAGGCGGGCUGUCACGUCGUUGUCGGCACACCAGGUCGUGUGUCUGACAUGAUCAAUCGUCGUGUAUUGCAGACGCGAGCAAUCAAAAUGUUCGUUCUAGACGAGGCCGAUGAAAUGUUGUCUCGUGGUUUCAAGUCGCAGAUCCAGGAUGUCUUCUCAGCAUUGCCGAACGAUGUUCAGGUCAUUCUGCUGUCGGCCACGAUGCCAACGGAGGUGCUUGAUGUAAGCAAGUACUUCAUGAGAAACCCUGUUCAGAUUUUGGUGAAAAAGGAAGAAUUGACCCUGGAAGGUAUCAAACAAUUCUUCGUCAACGUUCGCAUGGAAGACUGGAAAUUCGGAACGCUGUGUGACUUGUACGAAACACUGUCCAUCACUCAGGCCGUCAUCUUCUGUAACACAAGACGUAAGGUCGACCAGUUGACCGAAGACAUGAAAAUGAAAAAUUUCACCGUCUCCCACAUGCACGGUGACAUGGACCAACAGCAACGGGACGUUAUCAUGAAGCAAUUCCGUACAGGUUCUUCACGAGUCUUGAUCACCACCGAUCUGCUCGCUCGUGGUAUCGAUGUUCAACAAGUUUCUUUAGUUAUUAAUUAUGAUUUGCCGUCAAAUCGAGAAAACUACAUUCACAGAAUUGGUCGCGGUGGACGUUUCGGCCGUAAAGGUGUUGCUAUCAAUUUCGUCACGGAGGAUGAUAAGCGUACGUUGAAAGACAUUGAAACCUUCUACAAUACACACAUUGAUGAGAUGCCAAUCAAUGUAGCCGAUUUGAUUUAAGACCACGGGGGUGAAUCAACAAAAAGAAUCAGUAAAAACAUUCAGUAAAGAAAAUUUCAUAAAAAUUUAAAAAAAGAGAAAAAAUUAAAUUCAGACAAAAAAGGAAAAAAACUUAAAAGGAACAUUUCAUUAAAAAAAAAUAAUUUUUUUUCAAUUCUUAUACCGAAGAGUAACAAAACAAACGGAGUAAAGAAAAGCCCAAUUUUAAUCUAACGAAAGUUCUUGAAGCAAAUUAAAAAGGAAAAUUUACUAUACCAACCAAACAGAAAAAAUAAAGAAAAAUUAAAAGGAGAAUCGACGACGUGUCGAACAGUUUAAAUUUUCUUCGUUUGCGGAGAAUUUAUUGUUUCGAUUCUCGGAAGAUUUUUUCCUAAUUCUUUUUUUUAUUUUAUUUAUUUGUAAUGAAAAAGGUUCUCUCAUUUUUGUUGAAUUAAUAAAGGAAGAAAAAUAAAACUUAAAAACACAAAAACACUCUUGAAAAACGCUAAAAGAAACGGGAAUAUUUAUAUGGUAGCAUCAGAUUAGUAUAUCGAUUCCUCCCCUAUUUUUUAGUUCGUUUUUUUU